UAUGUGCGUGUAUAAGGGAGAGAGAGAGAGAGAGAGAGUAAUCACUAGGGGCCGUGACUGUGACUCUGUUUUCUUUCUUAACUCCUCCUAUAUUUCAACUUUGUCUUCUGAUUUGGAAGAUAUCAUUUGGGUUUCUGUUAGUGUUGUUAUUUGCUCAAGGAAAAGGAAAAAAACGAGGCUCUUCUCUCUGGCUUGAAGCAGCAGCCUUGCAGGGAGGAAAGAUUGAUUUUUUUUUUUCAUCUACUGUUUUGGGUUCCUUGCAAAUACAUUCCUUGUACCAAAUGCGCAACAUUUAUGUUUAAUAUGGAAGUACUUAAACCAUGGGUCUCUGAUUCGUGUAGAAAGGGAACAACUUUAGCGUCCAAGAGACGGGAAUAGGUGACGUUGUGAUUCUUUAGCGUCUUUCUCGUGAAGAUUUUGAGUUGAAAUUCGAUUUUUAUCUCACUGCUAGUCCUUAUAGUUUUGAUUUUCGAAGCACUUGAAAGCUUCUCCUUCACUCUCUCGGGUUUUCAUAUUUGCGUUUGAGUUGCUCCCUCCCCGGCAAUUUGAAGUGUUUUAUUGGAGCAAAAUCUCUUCUUCAUUCAUUCUUUUCGAAGCCGCUUUGAGUUUGUUCCCUACUUUAUGCUGGAGUCUUGGUUUUUGACUAAAAUUCGAGCUUGUGGCUUGAAAGGUGUGGGUUUUCGGGGUUCUGUUGGUUUUGAGCUUCUGCUUUGUUUUAUAGGAUCUUGGUGCUUGUGGGCUUUUUAAGGUUCUAUGGAGAAAAGAAGAUACAGUCCCCAACUUACCGGCAAAGUCACAGCUCUGCUUCUGCUGAUGAGUUUUUGCUUUCACCUCAUAGUAGUACAAUGCCAAGAAAGUAGUACUAAAAUGAUAAGGCACCUCUCCACGGAUACUCCAUCGCCUUCUAGGCCACCCCAGUUUAGCACUGGACUCAAAAGAAUUCUUCUCAGCAUCGUUUUAGGAGUCUUAACUGGAUUAACAGGAGCCAUUCUUUCCGCUUGUGUGGUCCGUUUCUUGGUCCGCUAUAUGAACCGAACCCCAAUCCUCAAGGGACCUGUCAUAUUUUCCCCAAAAAUCGCUCCCAAAACUCUUCAAUCAGCUCUUGCAAGUGAAAACCAGUUGCUAGGUUCCAGCUCAAAUGGGAAGUACUACCGGACGGUUCUAGAUAAUGGCUUCAUAGUUGCUGUCAAAAGGCUGGAACCAUUUGAGAAUGGUUCACCGGAGAGGCAGAGCAAGUCUGUCAAGCGAAGGAUACAGCAGGAGCUGGAAAUGUUAGCUAGCUUGAGACACAGGAAUUUGAUGAGUUUGCGGGCUUAUGUUCGGGAAUCUGAUAGGUUUUCACUGGUCUACGAUUAUGUGCGAACUGGGAGUCUUGAAGAUGCAAUGAAUAGAGUAAGGGAGAAUCAGUUGCAGCUCGGAUGGGAAGUUCGUCUUCGGAUUGCUGUUGGGGUUGUUAAGGGGCUUCGAUAUCUUCACUUCGAAUGCGUCCCUCAGAUUUUGCAUUAUAAUUUGAAACCCACAAAUGUGAUGUUGGAUGCGGAGUUUGAACCGAGGUUGGCAGAUUGUGGGUUGGCUAAGCUCAUGCCUAAUUUGGAUAGAACUACAUCUGGCUACAGUGCUUCCGAGUGCUUCCAGAAUUGCCGGUAUACUGACAAGAGUGACAUCUUCAGCUUUGGGAUGAUAUUGGGUGUUUUAUUAACUGGGAGAGACCCUACAGAUCCAUUCUUUGGGGAAGCAGCCAGUGGAGGUAGUUUAGGUCAUUGGCUUCGGCAUUUACAGCAGGCAGGGGAGGCAAGGGAAGCACUAGACAAGAGUAUUCUUGGGGAAGAAGGCGAGGAAGAUGAGAUGCUCAUGGCAGUGAGAAUUGCUGUUGUUUGUCUAUCAGAUUUGCCAGCAGAUAGGCCUUCAAGUGAUGAGCUUGUCCUAAUGCUAUCCCAACUACACAGCUUUUAACAGGAAUUGUAAGUAUGUAUGCUAAACUGCAGCCUGCAAAUUUUGGAAAUUGGAUUUUUUGCUCAGAGGGCCUUGGUCUGCCAUUCUUAUUCACUUAAAAUUUGUGGCAAAAGGCCAUAUAUAGUGUGGUGCAUGCAGCGGUAGCAUUUUUUGUGUAGUUUCCACCACUUGUUGAAAUUUGUAUGAUUUUCUUUCCUAUCACAGCAUAUGGUGUUGUGUGCAUUACUUGUGUCUAAAUCUGUAACUAAAGAAUCAAGACUGAUAUAGUCAAGGGAAUUACUAACCCCAUAGAAGAGACUGUUCUAUCGA